AUGUGCACGGGAGGCUGUGCCAAGUGCCUGGGAGGUACUCUCAUCCCCCUGGCUGUGCUCUGCACCCUUGCUAACAUUUUGUUGUUUUUCCCUGGAGGAAAAGUGGCUGAGUACAGUACACACAUUACAGAUGAAGUCUGGUACUUUGGAGGGAUCUUGGGAUCGGGUGUAUUGAUGAUCUUCCCUGCCUUGGUAUUCUUGGGCCUUCAGAAUAAUGAUUGCUGUGGAUGCUGUGGGAAUCGGAGCUGUGGAAAGAGGUUUGCGAUGUUUUCUUCUAUAAUAUUUGCUGCCAUUGGAGUCCUGGGAGCUGGAUACUGCUUUAUUUUGUCAGCAGUAGCCCUAAACAAGGGCCCUAAAUGUCAAAGUGGAGGAGACUGGACCUACCCUUUCCAGGCUGGGGAUUACCUUGCUGACCACACGUUGUGGGAACGCUGCACAUCACCUGACAACAUUGUCCCCUGGCACCUGACCCUCUUCUCCUUGCUGCUGGUCAUGAGUGGGAUCCAGGCAGUGCUGUGCGGCAUCCAGGUGGUGAACGGCCUCUUCGGGACCAUCUGCGGGGACUGCAAAUGCUGCGGAUGCUGUGGGGGAGACGGAACUGUCUAA